AUGGCGACCCAGUACCCUGCCCAGCAGACACUCAUAUCAUACCUGAGUUCCCAUAUUAUCUCUCGCACACCAACUCCCCACAACGCUGCAAAGGAAAAAUUGAUUCUCUCAGAAAUCCGCAAAGGCCUCCAAAGAUGGGUGGUCCCAUCGCAAGCACUCAUGGCCGGCGGCGACAUAUCAACCGUACAUUCAAUUCAGAGUUAG